CUCAAUUCCGCUCGCUAUCGUAUAUAUAUACUAUACUUAGGCUUUCUAGCGAUCAUAUCCAAGUUUGAAUCUCGCCGCUGUCAUCUUCUUAAUCUAGUCUAGAAGAGUAGCUUUCGUCAAUUUUCACAUGGUCGCUUUCCACCCCGCCGAAAUAAGAGCCGCAAGGCACUUCCGCACAAGAUGCUCUUGACUUCGUCCCAGGUAUCUGUGCUGCUUACUUGUGGCAUGGUCUUACUUUGCACAUCUGCCUUAUUUAUCAGCGGAUGCCUCAUACAGCAGCGGACGUUACGCGACCUGCGAUAUGCGAUAAAACCAGCUGUCGUCACGCGUCCGAAGCCGAAGACCUGGGACAUUGACGCGCUGACACGGACGAAGACGACGAUUCGUCUUGAGGAUGGCACCCUCGUGGAGAUACAGAGCAGGCCUGAGCCGGAGGUAGUGGGAGAUGUGCCGGAAGUUAUUGAGGUGCGACCGACAGAGCCCGAAACCGUUGAGCCGGGGCAGAAGCGAGAUGACGGGGAGAAUGGUGAAUACGGUUCAGGUGAUGAUGAUUUCCCGUUGGAUGUCAAGCCCGCGUGGGACGGCGUCCAAGAGGGCGGGGAACCGCUUACGAGGGCUGAGAGACGGCGGCGCAUAAAGGCUGAGAUCCAGCGCCUCUCGCGGGGCGAUACGCCUGUGUAUUACCAACGACGACUGUGGUGAGGCGUCUGGGUGUUGUUUACUAGCUGGCUGUGCCGGCGACGAUGUGCAAUGCUCGAGGAAGCCCUGAUGCAUUCAUUG